AUGGCCACUUCCAAGAUGAGCAAGCGGGCACGGGCAAACACCGCUGGUGAUAUCCAUAUUCAGCUCAAUGAAGGCUCGGCUUCUGGAACUCUUGCCAAUGAAUCGCAACCGCCAGUUCCCUCGCCUCAAGAGAUGCAAGGCCUCAAGGCCGAACAGCUGACUGAGCUCCUUCAUAAAGCCGCAGCACUUCACCCUGAUGUUAACCUCAUGAUCACCACUGCGAUUGAAAAAUCACGUGAGGAGCGCCAAAAGCACGUCGUGAAUUUCGAUCAGUACUCCGGAUCGAUCUGGAGACAGAUCAAUGUCGACUACAGUUCCAUGAGAGGAUCAAAGCAAUAUGAAAUGGCAUUCGAUGUGGCUGGGAGUGUUAGCUCCACUAUCAGUCUGAUUGCAGCCAAAUGUGCCCAAUUUGCAAAUCCUCAAACUCGUCGAAAUGGACUUGAAACGCUACGUAAAAUCGGCAAGACCAUUUGCCUGUCGUCCAAUGAUACCUUGGGCCAUGAGGUACAGAAACAGUUCCAGUCGGACCCAAGUCUGGAAAAUGCCAUGCACGACAUUGUGGCCGAGAUGUCGACUGAAGAGCGGGAAGCCAUUCAACGCGACCCCCUUUGGCAGAAAUUGGAGGAGCUAGAGGCACUUGCCAAUGAUCAUUGUGUCUUUGACGGACUCCGUGGUGUCCUGGAAACAAUCCAAGGUGUAGGAGAUGACGAUGACUCGGAUGAGGGAAGUGAGGAAGGGGAAAAUGAAGAGUAUGACGAGGCAGAUGAAUAUGGGGUUACUGGUGAUGAGCACGAUGUCUGCUAG